AUGAAUACAGCUUCACCAGACGACCAAUCUGAACAAGACGAAGAUCUGCUCCGCCGCAGUACCAACAAACCAAAAGAAGACACACAACAACACUUACCAACACAAAUCCAAGGUGUUCCAGCUGCUAAUCUUCAAGAGCAAUAUGAGGAUUUAGCAGCUCAACAACUGGAUUUACGAGCUAGUAUGGAUCAGAUGCACCAGGAACUUAAGGAGGACAUGGAUCGCAGGCAAAUUGAACUUGUUCACCUGGUCAGUGCACUGAAAAGUUCCUUCGAAGGAAUGCAUCUGCAACAGCAAAUGAAGGACGGAAGUUCUACAUCUACAGAUCGAGUUCAAACUACUGCACCAUGUCAGGGUAUUUUGGGUCCAAAUCCUCAAUAUGUUGCUAAUAAUCGCAAUCACAAUCUGGUAUUUCCUCGUUUUAAUGGUGAAAACUUAAAAAAAUGGUUGUAUCGAAUUGAGCAAUAUUUUGCCAUCGACAAUACUCCUCUUAAUGAACGAGUAAGAUUAGUGGCUAUGAACUUAGAUGAUGAAGCUUUGGCUUGGCAUCAAGCUUUUUUAAAGUGUAGAGGUGUACCUGGCUUACCUGAAUGGGAGGAGUAUCUGGCUGUGUUGGUUGAAACAUUUGGGGAUGAGUUUGCAGACCCUAUGCUCGAGUUGAAACAAUUGAAACAGACUGGCACAGUGAGGGAAUUUCAAUUUGCAUUUGAUAGGCUUGUUUCACAGUGUAGCUUAUCAGUAGAUCAGGCAAUAUCUUGCUUUUUAGGUGGAUUGAAAGAGGAGUUAGUUAGUCCUAUCAUGAUGCAUGAACCUAAGACACUCUCAAAGACUUAUCGAUUAGCUAGACUUGCUGAAGCUACCCUAGCAGCUAAUGCUCGCAGCAUGAAACAACCUCCUGGACCUUAUCAAUAUACUAAUAGGAAACCUUCCUAUGAGUUACAGCCUGCUAAAAAUCCUAACCCACAGCUCUUAACUACCCAUAAACCAGCCUUACUUCCUACAAAUACCUCCAGUUCCAAAACUAGGAGAGUGAUUUCACCAGCAGAAAUGCAAGCAAAAAGGGCUCAGGGAUUAUGUUACUUUUGCAAUGAUAAGUACACACCUGGGCAUAAAUGCUCCUUACCUAAGCAGAUGUUCAUUAUGGAUUUGAAGUACCCUGAAGGUGAGAUGGAAGAGGAUCCUGUAAAGCCAGAGGAAGCUCCACUAACUGAAGAAUGGAACGUACCAGAUGGAGACCCUCCCUUGAUCUCCUUAUGUGCUUUAAGUGGUCUUAAGGGGGCUCAAACUAUCCAUGUGAUUGGAUAUAGCAAUAAAAAGUCUAUUCAGAUAUUGUUAGAUGGUGGAAGUACACACAAUUUCAUGAUGCUGAGUCCGCAGAGAGGUUGGGGUGUCACAUUUCUCCAACUAAGUUGGGCUAUGUCAGGGACUACUUAUACCUCAGAUUUGAUUGUCUUUCCUGUUGGGAAGUAUGACUUAGUUUUAGGGGCCCUAUGGAUGAAGACAUUAGGUCCUAUUACUAUGGACUACACUGAGCUUACUAUGUCCUUUGAUUAUCAGGGCAAACAUCAUGUGUUGAAGGGUGUUACUGAAGAGUGUAAACUUUCAAGUUCUAAGGCUAUCAAUAGGAACUGUAGUGCAGAGGCUCAGUUCUUCAUGUUACAAGUGGUUUCUCCUAGGACUCUGGAGGAGUGUCACCCUCAUUUUAAUGCACUUCACUUGCCUGUCGAGAAUUCCCUGCCAGAGGCCCUUCAGAGAUUGCUUGGACAGUAUCAAAUGCUUUUUAGGGAGCCAACAACUUUACCUCCUCAGAGGGGAGUUUUUGAUCAUAGAAUUCCCCUGCAGGAAGGUACUAAACGAGUGAAUAUCAGACCUUACAGGUACUCUUCUAUGAAGAAGGAUAUUAUUGAAAAACUUGUGUUGGAAAUGUUACAACAAAGUGUUAUCCAAUAUAGCAAUAGCCCUUUUUCUUCACCAGUGGUUCUAGUGGGGAAAAAAGAUGGAUCAUGGAGAUUGUGUGUUGACUAUAGAGAGCUAAAUCAAUAUACAGUUAAGGACAAAUUUCCUAUUCCUAUCAUUGACGAUCUCUUAGAUGAGCUUACUGGAGCUACAAUUUUUUCUAAAAUUGAUCUAAGAUCCGGAUAUCAUCAGAUUAGGAUGGAUCAUAUACACCAUCUUCAGCAACUAUUUGAAGUCAUGCAGUCUAAUAGCUUAUUAGCUAAACAUUCUAAGUGUGUUUUUGGAGUGGCAAAGGUUGAGUAUUUGGGUCAUUUUAUCUCUGCUGCAGGUGUUGCAACAGAUCCAAAGAAAAUAUUGGCUGUUCAACAAUGGCCUGUGCCUACCACCUUGAAGCAACUCAGAGGUUUCCUUGGUCUUGCUGGGUACUAUAGGAAGUUUAUCAAGUCCUAUGGCCUUAUUAGUCAACCUCUCACAGAACUACUCAAGAAGGACAAUUUCAAAUGGACACCUAAUGCUGAACUGGCAUUCAUUGCUUUAAAGAAGGCCCUAACUACUGCUCCUGUCCUAGCCUUACCCAACUACUCUCUCCCUUUUGUGGUUGAAACUGAUGCUAGUGGCACUGGUAUUGAGGCUGUUCUCAUGCAGGAAGGCCAUCCUAUAGCCUUCAUCAGCAAGGGCUUGGCUCCCAGGCAUGCAGCUCUUUCUGUCUAUGAGAAGGAGCUGUUGGCACUUGUUUUUGAUGUAAGCAAGUGGUCUCAUUAUCUUAUGGGACAGCAUUUUAUUAUACGAACUGACCAGAAGGCCUUGAAGUAUUUACUCGAGCAAAAAAUCCACACAGAUGCCCAAAUCAAAUGGAUAGCCAAGCUCCUACCCUUUGAUUUUGAAAUUCACUACAAGAAGGGCAGGGAAAAUGUAGCUGAUGAUUCUUUAUCUAGAGUUCAAGGUGCUAAACUAAUGACACUAUUGGUUUCUUCUGUUUCUACUGAAUUAUGGGAAGAAAUCACUGCCAGUUGGUCUUCUGAUCCUGAGCUAAGUUCCCUCAUUUCAUUCUUACAACAGACUCCUCAGAAAAACUUCACAUGGAUCAAUCAUCAACUUAGACGAAAAGGCAAAUUGGUGAUUGGUAAUAAUGCUGCUCUAAGAACUAAGUUGCUUACCUUAUGGCAUUCAACUCCCGCUGGAGGCCACUCUGGGUUAGAUGCUACCACCAGGAAGGUGUUGUCCUAUUUUUAUUGGAAGGGCAUCAGGAAGGACAUUGCCACAUUUAUUCUUAACUGUACCACAUGUCAAAGGAACAAGUAUGAUACUUCAGCCUCCCCUGGUCUUCUUCAACCUCUCCCUAUUCCAUCUUUACCUUAG